UGAGAGAGAGCCCAGGCUCCUCCUGGCGCGGAAGCAGAGCCUGGCCCGGUGAUCCGGUCCCUAUAAAUCUCCCCUUCUGCUGCGAUCCGCCUCCCAUUUAAGGCUGAGCCUCCUCCUCCUCCUCCUCCUCUUCGCAGGUUAAGAGAUGCUGCUGCAACAGCAGCUUACUCCGAGUGGGAGCUGCUAGGGAGAGGAGCCCAGAGUGGGAGGAAGGCUGGCUGGCUGGCUGGCUUUUCCAGCAAAGAAAGAAAGAAAGAAAGCAAAAGGAAAAGCUAAAACCCACCCUCCUUUCAUCCCUUCUUUCCUUUGUUCCGACUUUUCCGUUCUCUUCCCUUCCCUCCCCUUUCAUUUUCUAUUUAUUUAUCACGUUUUCAUUUUUUCUUGGGUGGCAACAGGAGGACACCCUCCCCUCCCUUUUUAUUUUUUUUUAAAGUUUCCCCUUUUAUUUUUCCUUUCCUUUUUUUCCCUUUCCGAUCCUCCCUUUCCCCCCUUUUCUCCUAAGAAUAGGGGAAGAUAGAUCUAGCUAUCUAUCUAUACAUCUAUACCGAAAAGAAAGAGAAGCUUUGAUUGAUUUAUUGAAUUUUUUUUCCUCCAAAUUUUCCCUUUCUUCCAUUAUUAUUUUUUCCCCUUCCCCCUUUUCUUCUCUUGAUCGCCAACUUGGUCCCGCAAAUUUAGGUUUUGGGGUGUUGCCUUGAGACCGACCCGUCAUCACCUUUUCUUGGGAAGACCCUACAUCUAUCUAUCUCUUUUUAUUAUUAAAAAAUAAAAUUAAAUUUAACAAAACCCAACCUGAGGCGAGAAAGACGGCAACUCCAAACUAACAUGGCAGUCAGACUGUGUGAUGUGGCUUCUCUGCUUAGAAGUGGUUCGUGGGCAGCAGAGCCUUGGACUGGGCAGGUAAUUGCUGCCAUGGAAACACAACUGUCUAAUGGGCCAACUUGCAAUAACACAGCCAAUGGUCCUACUACCAUAAACAACAACUGCUCAUCGCCAGUUGAUUCUGGGAACACGGAGGACAGCAAAACCAAUUUAAUAGUCAACUAUCUUCCUCAGAAUAUGACACAAGAAGAGCUCAAAAGUCUUUUUGGGAGCAUUGGUGAGAUAGAAUCCUGCAAACUUGUAAGAGACAAAAUAACAGGACAGAGCUUGGGAUAUGGAUUUGUGAACUACAUUGACCCUAAAGAUGCUGAAAAGGCGAUUAAUACACUGAAUGGAUUGAGACUCCAAACCAAAACUAUAAAAGUUUCCUAUGCGCGACCAAGCUCAGCUUCCAUUAGAGAUGCAAAUUUAUAUGUUAGUGGUCUCCCAAAAACAAUGACCCAGAAAGAACUGGAGCAGCUGUUCUCCCAGUAUGGACGAAUUAUAACUUCUCGUAUUCUAGUUGACCAAGUCACUGGAGUAUCAAGGGGUGUGGGCUUCAUCCGAUUUGACAAGCGGAUUGAGGCAGAAGAAGCGAUCAAAGGCUUGAAUGGGCAGAAACCUCCAGGUGCCACAGAGCCAAUCACUGUAAAGUUUGCCAACAAUCCAAGCCAAAAAACAAAUCAGGCCAUCCUUUCUCAACUGUACCAGUCUCCAAACAGACGGUAUCCAGGACCUCUAGCUCAGCAGGCUCAACGUUUUAGGUUGGACAAUCUGCUCAAUAUGGCUUAUGGAGUAAAGAGUAGGUUUUCUCCAAUGACCAUUGAUGGAAUGACCAGUUUGGCUGGGAUCAACAUCCCUGGACAUGCGGGAACCGGAUGGUGCAUUUUUGUAUACAAUUUAGCUCCUGAUGCGGACGAGAGCAUCCUGUGGCAAAUGUUCGGACCCUUCGGAGCAGUUACCAACGUGAAGGUUAUCCGCGACUUCAACACAAACAAGUGCAAAGGUUUUGGAUUUGUGACUAUGACAAACUAUGAUGAGGCAGCCAUGGCAAUAGCCAGCCUGAAUGGAUACCGCCUUGGAGACAGAGUUUUGCAGGUCUCGUUUAAAACAAACAAAACGCACAAAGCCUAAUGAGUUGCCCUCAGCCCAGUUUAUAUUUGAAAACUAUUCGACAAAGGCAAGUUAAAAGAAACUUUAUACAUUAGUAAAUGUCUUUGUAAGUCAGUGUUGAGAUGGGAGGGGGGGAUAACAGACUAGCAUCCUAAGAAAUAUGUGAGAUUUUUUAUUGCUAGUAUUUGAAUUAAAACUUCUUAAAUAUCUUAUGUUUGAAUAUGGACAAAGGUACAGGGUUUUUACCUGUCACAAUGCAUUCUAUUGCCUUCUUUGAAGAAGGCGGACCUUUUAAAAUGUUUGAGCUAAGGGAAGAAAUUUCUUUUACACGACUGCCUUGAACCUGUGAGUAGAUAUUGAGGCUUUGUGUUACAAUUCUUGAGUUUGUUAUUCUUACGUUGUGUUUGAUUUACACUUUAAUGCCUUGCUGUUUAGUCUGUUUAAGAAAAGUGUUUUGAAGUUUACAUUUUUAUUUAUAAAGUUUAAAAAUAUUUAUUUUCUAAUUAUAAUUUGGGUUGGGGAAGGGGGGUGGUGCAUUAUAAAAGCUUAUUGUAAGAUUAAUGGAGAACUUUUCGUAAAGCAGUACCUUGCCAAAGAGAUAAGAGCCUCUUUGAUGUGGGUUUAAAAAAAAAACAAAGCAUCUAUUUUUAUAAAAAAGAGAAAAUUUGGAGAAACUUUUUACAGGUCCUGGAACAAAUAUUUUGACUUGAAUACUUUGAGAAAUCUCUUCAUAUGACACCUAGUGAGCUUUUAAAACUUACCAGGAAAUUUGCAGUGGUUGGGGGGAAAACACUUUAGAGAGAUUUAUGAUGUAGAAAUUCUUUAGAGUUCUUUGUUACUCAAGAAGUGGAAUCACUGGGAAAGCACUGCUGGUUUUGAUUUUGUAAUCGUUGGUGCAGUCUCUGAACAUCCUGGUUACUAUGUGAUAGGUGGCUCACAUUAACUUGUGAUUUUGAAACAAAAGAAAAAAAAAUUAAAAGUAUAUAAGAGCAGGCAAGAAAUUUAAAUUAACUGAGAUGGGGGAAAAAAUCUGUUCUUCCUAUAGAAUUCCCUUCAGAUAGAGCUCAUGGUGUUUAGUGAUGUACUUGCAGUAUUGUUUGAAGAAUUGUUUUGUCUUAAAGAAAACAAAGAUGUUUGCACAUGGUUUGCACAGUGGCAGACCAGGAAGGAGCAGUCUUGCGUUGGAUAUAUUUGAAGGUAUUUUGAAAGUUACGUUUAAGGCUAACACCUGAGCUUUGUGUAAUGUAAAUAAGAUCUUUAGUUUAUGAACCUCUUUUCAGCUAAUAUUUUUGAGUUUUCUUCUGGUUUUUUGUUUCCUUUACUUAACAUGCCAAGUGAUGUUCAAAUUUUGAAUGUUUUUGUAUGUUUUUUCCUUUGUAAAUGGCAUUAAGAUUGUUACUUGAGGUCUGCUUAUUCAUUUUUGUUGUCCUGAGGACUUGAAUUUACAGUGUAUCAGAUACGUUGCAAAUUUUGUCUGUAGAUAGUCUAGCUUCAGCUGUUUAUGGUGAUGCUACAUUUUUGUUUAUAAAUAUGUUUGUGGUAAAAAAAAUGAGUAUAACCAUAGGUUUUGAACAAAUUCCUUACAUUUUUCAUACCAGAAUCAUAAAUACCUGUAUGCUAUUGAAAUUUAACUUUGUAUGAUGCUUAAAUCACUUAUUUGGGGAAAUAAUAAAGUCUUUACCAUGUAUGGAAGAAAUUUAAGGUCAAAAAGUACAAAUAUUUUCUGAUUAGCAUCUAGCUUAUAAUAAAUUUUUAAAAAGCUGAAGGCUGCAGUGCCUUCACCAGGAUGCACUGACAACUAUAUAGUUACGUCCUGCUUUUUGUAUAAACUGAGAUGCUCAUAUCGCUUCCCCUUAGAACAAGCAGUGUGCUAUGCAUAACAUACUUGUACAUGAUCUUUGCAGUUGCUUUUUUUGAUUCUUAUUUUUUAAACGAAACUGUAGUUAUAAAUUUUCAGUAUAGUACAGUACAUAAUACUGUGGGAGAAUAAAGUGUGCUAAAGUGUCAAGCGACUUUUCAUGCUAGACCCAUUCAAUGCUACUCAAAAUCAAUUGGCUUCCUAAGAAACACUUGUCUUUAGGUGUGUCGAGCAACUGUUCUGGGUUAACACAAACUUUCUAUGUAUCCGAAAACAAAAGCGUUCCAUUGCGGUGAUGGGGGGCAGGUGGGCGGGGAAACAGUAGCUACAUUCUUUGCUACUAUAUGCUGCUGUAGCAAGAUGAACAAAAAAAUGGCAUUGAUGAGAAGGCAUGACUAUUGGGCUUCACUUUACACUGUUUAUCAGAGCACUUAAUAAAAUGUAAGGCUGGUAUUUAUUUGAAGUUGUACAGUAUGACUUAAUUCACAUCUGUUGGAGUAGAAAAAAUAUAUUCUGUUGAGUAUUUAAAAGAGGCUGUACAUGUUUUCUUUUGUGUUUGGAUCCUUUGUACUUUUUCAUGUUCAGUACAUCAAUAAACAAAAGUUGAA